UCCCCCACUUGAUUCUAUGACCACAAUCUGGCAUGUUACAGUAACAACAUGAAUUGAAUACCCUUGACGAGGACAGGAUGAUGAACAGCAAUGUCAACAUAGCUAAUGCAAGUGGGGUGAUAGCUCUAUACACAAUCACUGCACACAUACACACACACACAUGCACACCCUUUUACAAACAUUAUUACGGAGGUCAAAAAACCAAACACUGCGUGGCUUGCAAUUCAAAGCAGUUUUUCAUUGCAGAAGCAUGAAUGAUAUCACAAUCAUAGGUUUUAGAACUUAUAGUUGAGGUCAAAGAGGGCAGGUAAUUGCAAAAACCAACUUCUACAUUAGAAUACCAUGGGAGUCCAGAAAGCCAAACUACUGCCCAGAAAAAGCUGGUCAC